AUGGGAGCUUUUUGUUCAAAACAUAAUGCUAAUUAUGUUUCUAAAACUAACUGCAACACCAAUAUUACCACUAAUUUAACUCCAACUCAUAUUGAAGAUAAUUUCGUGGUUGAUAAGGCUGAGUAUAAAUUCGUCGAGGGAGGAUUUGGCACUAAGACGCCUGAGAAAUGGGACCUAGAUUUUUUGGCCACUGAAUUGAGGACUUCCAUUAAGACUUUGGAACAGUUAUCAAAUGAGGGAAGUGCCGAGUUGGUUAAAUUACCCCCAAUACUCAACGAUGAUUAUUCUGUAUACUAUGGAGAGUGGAAGGAUGGAAAGUACGAAGGAAAGGGUCAAUUAUUUAUGCCUGACGGUUCACAGUAUAUUGGUUCAUUCUCCAACGGCGUUUUCAACGGUAUUUUUUACAUAAAUAUUCACCUUGUUAACUGUUUAAUAUGGAGUGGUGAAAUUUUAUUUCUGAAUGGAGACACUUUUAAGGGAAUGUUUUCAAAUGGUAAACGACGUGGUAAAGGAAUUCUCAAAUUCAAGAAUGGAGACUUAUUUGAAGGAUUAUGGAAUAAUGAAGUCAGAAAUGGUUAUGGAGUUGAACGCUUUGCUGACGGAACUGUUUUCAUGGGCAAUUUCAAAAACAAUAAGAGAAGUGGCCGUGGUGAACUCGCCAAACCCGAUGGUACUAAGUAUGAAGGAAAUUUCAACAAUAAUGAGAUCACUGGAUAUGGAAUGAUGAGAUGGUUGAAUGGAGAAAGUUAUACUGGAAACUUCCGUAACGGAAUUAAGCACGGCUUUGGUACUACGAUGUGGAAGUCAGGGGAGUUCGUCAGCCGAAAAGGAAUUUACAAGGAUGGCAAGAUGUGCGGAGCAUUCAAAACAGUAAAACGCGACGGAUCAGUCUUCGACGCUCUCUACCAGGACGAUUCUCUUGUAAAGAUGCUGACUGAGGAGGAAAUGAAACAGUAUACUCACAAGAAUAGUGACCGUAGCGAUCGGUCAUCCUCCAGUAGGACCACCAAUAGUUUUAACAGUAGAAGGAGUUAUAAACAGUACAGUUCCAGCAAUUCCUUUAACAGAGCAACCACCAACGGCUUAAACUCUGCAAAUGAUGUCAACAGUAGUAAGCACGAGCCUAGAGAUAUUAAUCCCAACAAUGAUGUAAAUAAUCGGAAUAAUAACAACAGGAAUAAUAAUAUGAAUAAUCGGAAUAACUUUACCAACAACAGGAGCAAUGUUUUCACCAAUAAACCGUAUAGAGGAAGAAGAGUUCAAUCCAAAUUUAAUGAAACUUAA